AUGAUUGUAGGGAACCAGACAGUGACCAUGUUCAUCCUCCAGAACUUCACCCAGGACCCGGGGCUCCAGGUAGCUCUCUUCUGCUUCUUUUUUAGCCUGUUCACAGUGGCACUGAUGGGAAAUGGUCUGAUCAUUGCUACCAUUCAUUCCAGUCCCAACCUACACACCCCCAUGUAUUUCUUUCUAGUCAACCUGGCCAUGCUGGACAUGAUCUGCACUGUGUCCAUCUUACCCAAGGUGCUGCAAAGCCUGGUUGCAGAUAGCACCAUCUCCUACAGAGGAUGCAUCAGUCAGAUGUUCUUCUUCACUUGGUCAUUGAGUUCUGAGUUGCUGCUCUUUACUGCCAUGGCCUAUGACCGCUACCUGGCCAUCUGCCGGCCACUUCUCUAUGGUGCACUCAUGAGCCCCAGAGUCUGUGUGGUCCUGGCAGCCUUUGUGUGGUCUUCAGGGAUGCUCAUUGCCCUUCUGCUGACUGGCCUGGUCCUGAGGCUUAGCUUCUGUGGCCCCAACCUCAUUACACACUUCUUCUGCGAGAUCCCACCUGUUCUACUGCUAUCCUGCACCCCAACCUUACUGAAUGAUGUUGUAACCAUUACUUUGGACAUGAUUCUGUCAGGCCUAAACUUCCUGCUGACCAUGGUGUCCUAUGGCUUCAUCAUUGUCAACAUCCUGCGUAUCCGCUCAACCGAGGGCAAGCGCCGUGCCUUCUCCACCUGCUCCUCUCACCUCAUUGUGGUCACCUCGUACUACUCCACCGUGCUCUACACCUAUAUCCGUCCAGCCCUUGGAUCCACUGGACUUCUGGACAAGGCCAUUGCUGCCCUAUACACUGUUGUGACACCCGCAUUAAACCCCCUCAUCUACACCUUGAGAAACAAGGAGUUUAAAACAGCACUUAAGAAACUUUUUUCUUGUUCCUCUAAAUGA